AUGGACUCUACGAGUAAUACGCAAGGCAAGAGGAAGGACAUCAGCUCCAUACCACUUCAAGUUCCCACCGCUGCUCCUUUCGGUUUCGGACAUAGUGGCUCUGAUGCAGACCCCAACGAGGUUGUGAAUUCUCCUCCAUACAAACGUCAAAAACUCGACCAAGAACCUGCCUACGAAGCUCCCGCCGUGACAGAACACGUAUCGCCGUCGGUGAGCUUACAAGCGGGAGAUUCCGUCUCGCAAUUCGCAGAGCCAGACUUGACUGCGGCAGACGAAGUAGCGAGUCGACUCAAGAUGCCUCCCGAAACUGCAUCUGGCUCUGUGAAUCCUGUCAAGGCAGUCUCGACCAUGGCGACAUUGUGUUCAUUCCCGCAGAGCCCGUUCUUUUCGCCUUGCACAAUGCUCUACUUGCUCGAGUCCAUCCGCCGGAAGGUAUCCGACUCGACAGAGUUUGGCGAGGCGCAAGUUUACUUCAAGUAUAUGCAUGCCAACAGGCCGACUGUGGAUUAUCUUGAUGUGGUGGACCAGGUGGCGGUGGCGGACAUUGAUGACGAUUUGCAUGGCUCAACACUGCAACAAAGGAUCGAACAGUGGCGGUCAAAGUUGAUCUCAUGUUGA